AUGCUUAAAAAUCGGCACACGCUUCUGGAGGGCGGGGAGAAGGGAAGUCUUCCCGUCGUGGCGACCGUCUUCGACAAGCUCAACCAGGUGUAUAAAGAAUACCUGGAGGCGGAGCAGACCUACACCGUGGCGAUGGAGUCCGGUCCGAGUCGAGGCAGCGCGGCCCAGAAACGUCCGGUCCGAACUCAGGCGGUCAUCGACCAAUCAGACAUGUACACACACGUCCUGUCGUCGUUCACCGAGAGGAAGGGUGUCUCCCAUAAGUUCAUCAUUGCGGUUCUGAUGGAGUACAUCCGUUCUCUGAACCAGUUCCAGAUCACCGUACAGCAUUACCUGUAUGAGCUGGUGAUUAAGACACUGGUGCAGCACAACCUCUUCUACAUGCUGCACCAGUUCCUGCAGUACCACGUCCUCAGCGACUCCAAACCACUGGCCUGUUUGCUGCUGUCCCUGGAGAGUACGUACCCUCCGGCACACCAGCUGUCACUGGACAUGUUGAAGCGUCUCUCCACGGCCAACGACGAGAUCGUCGAGGUUCUGCUGUCGAAGCAGCAGGUUCUGGGCUCGCUCAGAUUCAUCCGCAGCGUCGGCGGCCACGACAACGUGUCGGCGAGGAAGUUUCUGGACGCAGCGCAGCAGACCGGAGACCAGAUGUUGUUCUACACCGUGUUCAGGUCGUUCCAGCAGAGGAACCAACGGCUGAGAGGAAGUCCCAACUUCAACCCGGGAGAGCACUGUGAGGAGCAUGUGGUUCACUUCAAGCAGCUGUUUGGGGAUCAGGCCCUGAUGAAGCCCUCCACCCGUGUGAACCACCGGGACCAAACCACACACAGACUGGAAACUGGAUCACGGCAGACUGGUCGGACCGGCUCUCCGUCAGUUCGGACGCGCAGGAGACGACCUGACGGGGCGGCGGACCACCACAGGGAACAGAUGAUUGUGGUUUGAAUCCGGGAUCUUCGACCACAUUGACCGACGGCCAGAGCUUCUUUAUGAGUGAUAUUUGAAUGAUCCUAUAUCGGUGUGAACACACUCUGAUAACUGACUGAUAACUAGAUUAUCCCUCCACCAGUCAGGCAGUGAAACAAAGCAUUUAAUAAAAGAAUAAUACAGAGAAGAGCUUUUAAUGUCAUUUAACUUCACAACACUUAUAAUAUGAAUAUAGAAAUAUUGUAAUAUAUUCUGCAGGCUGAAUGUGAGGCUUUGGUGGUCCCUGGUUUAACCGGAUUAUUACCCCUGUACGGUGGCACGUCAGCACCUGAUCCAGGUUUCUGGAGCUAAACAAGGACAAACUACAAACCUGCAAUAAAGAAUAAAGUCUACCUGAUAUUAUGGGAUGGAUUCGACUGAUCACAGAUAUAUAUUGAUGAACAUUUCGAUGAGGAUCUCUUAAUCAAAUCCUUUUUAUUUUCAGCAGAAUAUCAAAGAUACUUUUAGAGGAAUUGUUCUACCAUGAACUGAUGAAUGUGGAAGAAAAACAUUUAUGAAAAUCAGUGAAAUUAGUAACGUGUUCCCAGGAAGUGCUAAUAAAACCAUGAGGAAUCA